AUGCAGAAGAGCAGAGCAGAUGCAGAGAGCAAGAGAUUAGAGAGUAGAAUAGUAGGAGAGUACGAGAAGUAGAGGCAGAUAGAUAGAGAGUAGAGAGUCAAAGUAGAGAAUGUAGAAGAUGUAGAGAGCAGCAGAGAGCAGAGAGAUGCAGAGAGAUCUAGAAGAGCAAGAGAAGAAAGUAGACGGCAGAAAGAGUAGAGAGAAAAGAUAGAGAGAGGAGAAGAAAGAAUA